AUGUUGGAGAGCAAUUAUACCAUGCCAACUGAGUUUAUAUUUGUUGGAUUCACAGAGUAUCUACCUCUCAGAGUCACACUAUUCCUGGUAUUUCUUAUAGUGUACACAUUAACUAUGGUGGGAAAUAUGAGCUUAAUGAUCUUAGUUAACAUCAAUUCAAGCCUUCAUACCCCUAUGUAUUAUUUUCUUAGCAACUUGUCUUUCUUAGACAUCAGCUAUUCUACAGCAAUCACUCCUAAAAUGCUGAUGAAUUUCUUAGCAUCCAAGAAGAAUAUUUCUCCCUCUGGCUGUGCACUACAAAUGUUUUUCUUUGCUUGUUUUGCUGAUGCUGAGUGCCUUAUCCUGGCAGCAAUGGCAUAUGACCGUUAUGCUGCCAUUUGUAACCCAUUGCUCUAUUCUACACUUAUGUCGAGGAGAGCCUGCAUCUGCUCCAUUGUGUUGGCAUACUUCAGUGGAAGUAUGACUUCACUCCUGCAUGUCUGUUUCACAUUCAGGCUGCCAUUUUGUGGCUCUAAUCUUGUCAAUCAUUUUUUCUGUGAUAUCCCACCUAUCCUGGCUUUAUCAUGUGCAGAUACCUAUAUUAAUGAACUUCUGCUCUUUGUCUUGUGUGGCUUCAUCCAGACCACCACUUUCAUUUUCAUAUUUAUAACAUACUUCUGUAUCCUCAUCACUGUUUUGAGUAUCAAGUCCCCAGGAGGCAGAAGCAAAACAUUCUCCACCUGUGCUUCCCAUCUCAUAGCAGUCACCUUAUUCUAUGGAACCCUCUUAUUUAUGUACUUACGUCCCAUGACUAGUUAUUCUCUAAACACUGAUAAAGUGGUUGCAUUGUUUUAUACGGUUGUGUUUCCCAUGUUUAACCCAAUAAUCUACAGCUUCAGAAACAAGGAUGUUAAAAAUGCUCUUGAAAAACUAUUAAAAAGAAUUUGGAUUUUCAAAUGA